AUGCGUUGGGCUCUCACUAUCAAAAACAAACUUAGAUUUAUCAAUGGGAAAAUUCUCAAACCUUCCACUACUGCAGAUCCUCUGUAUGCCCCUUGGGAACGCUGCAAUAAUAUGGUGAUUGCUUGGAUACAACAGUUAGUCAACUUUGAACAUCAAUCGAGCAUCGCGCAUGCAGAAACUGCUGCUAGUUUGUGGAAUGAUCUUUGUGAACGAUUCUCAAUCCAAAAUGCUCCCAGAAUUUUUCAACUCACCAAAUCUAUCUCCUCACUCACACAGGAUGAUGAUUCGGUAAGUCAGUAUUACAACAAACUUAAGAGUUUUUGGGAUGAACUUGAAAUAUAUGAGCCUAUACCAUCAUGUACAUGCGGAGCAGUAAAAACACUAAUGGAUUAUACUCAUAGAAGCAAGGUCAUGCAGUUCCUCAUGGGACUAAAUGACUCUUAUGAUUCGAUCCGAGCUCAGAUUCUGCUCAAUGAUCUUCUCCUUGCCUUAAAUCGUGUUCUAUCUCUUGUUCAACAAAAGGAGAGGCACAGACAACUACACUCCUCACCAGCACCUAUUGCAAUGGCUGCCAAGGGACCAGAUCAAUGCAGUCCAUCUGCUUAUCAUAGAGAUCGAUUAUUUUACUCUCAUUGCAACAUCUCCAGACAUUCGUUGGAGCAAUGUUUCAAAGCAAACCCAAAUUUACCUGUGUGUUCUCAUUGCCGUAUACCGAGACACACCAAAGAAAGUGCUACAAGCUCAAUGGAUUUCCUCCCGGGCACAAAAGUAAUGCCAAAUAUAAAUCAUGAUCUCCCGGCUGUGCAUCUCUCUGAGGAUCACCCGGGCCUGGAACAUGUCCACGAAGACGCAGUCUCGAGUGUCCCGUGCUGCGUGAGAGGGUGGUGCUGCUGA